AUGCGGGGAGUUCAAAAUACUGAGAAUGAAUCCAAUCUUUUUGCUAGUAUAGUUAGCAGUGAAUCAAGGCGUUUUCAUUCACUAUAUGAGCGUUCAGAACAAAUAUUUUCGAGAUUAAAACAAAUUGAUAGAGAAUUUGAUGAAUGGACAGCUUUGGCACAGGUAAAUCUAGAAGAACUACUUGAACAACAUUUAAAAGAAGCUGAAGAUUGGGAACGCCAAUUCCGUGUUAUUCGCCUUAAGCAGCGGGAACUUGAUCGCAUUCCUAUGGAAAUUUGUAUAGAAUGUAUUCAUGUCUCGACCAAUGGGGUUCGAUUAUUGGCCAAUGAUUUGUUGAGAAGAAUGCAUGAUGCUUUAUGUUGGACGCUUAAACAUUCAAUAAGAACAGAACUGUCAGUAUUAGACCAACAAUUAACUCAAGGUAUUGAACAACUCUCUGCUCUACCCCAAAGCAUGGAAGAAGUAUCAGAGGCAUGUACGGCUCAAAUAACUUUGGCUAAGAGUGUUUCUAGUUUUAGAACAAAAGUUAAUAUUGCUGAAGAAAAGGAUCAAGUUCUCAGAUCUUUAUUUGGCAGCGAGCAAGGUCUCGCAGAUACUGUUAAACAAACGCGUGAACAGUUUGCGAAUUUUCUAAAUUUAUUAGAAACUCAUGAAUUAAUGAUGCAUGAUCAAGUAAAAGCUAUGAAAGGAAAUGUUGGAGCAUCCAUAAAAACAUUGGGGGAGGAGUUAGAAAAGCUUCAUUCACUUUGGAACCAAUUUAAACCGCGUUCUGAAAUAUUUACUUCUCAGGUGAUUUACAAAAAAGCAAAUGAUGACAGAAUGGCUCUUAUCCGUGCUGUAGAAUUUAUUCGAGAAAAACGUCAAGAAUUUGACAAAAUUUUUGUAAAAAUUGAAAAAGUAAAAGUCGAAUGUGAGCAAUUUGAAGUUGAACAACCCGACUGGCCUCUUCUUAAUGAAUUUAAAAUUGACUUAGAAAAUUAUGAAUCAAAUUAUCUUUUGUAUGAGGAUUUUAGUAAUGCCCUCCAACCUAUUUCUGAUCAGACUAGUAAUGUAUCUGUUAGAUUACAGAAAGAUAUUGAACAAAUGCGUGAAUUCUCUAUUAAUCUAAAAUUUUGUCGUGGAGAUAUUUUUAGUGCAGAUCAUUGGCUUGAAAUGUUUCGUUUACUUGGUCUUCCUCGCGGCACUUCUCUUGAAAAGCUGACAUUUGGAAAUCUUCUUAAUUCUCAACAAAAACUAAUCGCAAAUUUGGAAAAAUUAAAAGAAUUAAAUGCCCGUGCCCACGGUGAAGUUAGUAUUCGUGAAGCAAUACAGGAGCUUGAAAUGUGGGCAGCACAAGCGGAUUUUUCAUUAACAGACUACAAACAUGCUAGCGGAGCAUCUCUCAAAAUAGUUAAAGAAUGGAAGCCUAUACUUAAUCAAGUUCGUGAUAAUCAAGCUUUAAUUUCGUCUCUUCGAAAUUCUUCUUAUUAUGCUCAAUUCGCCGAACAAAUAGGCAUAUGGGAAAGGAAAAUAUCUGAUUUAGAAUUAUUUUUACAUCAUCUUAGUGAAAUACAACGCAAAUGGGUAUAUUUAGAACCUAUCUUUGGGAGGGGUUCUUUGCCUUCAGAAGCAGCACGUUUUAACCGAAUAGAUGCUGAAUUUCGGAUUAUUAUUAAUGAUAUUUCAAGAGACAAUCGUAUCAUUUCAUUAUGUUCUGGAAAUAGUAUAGCUUUGGGUCGAACUUUGGAACAAUUAGUGGAUCAAUUAAAUAGAUGCCAACGAGCUUUAAAUGAUUUUCUCGAAGAGAAACGGGGUGCAUUUCCUCGAUUCUACUUUCUGGGGGAUGAUGACCUUCUUGAAAUUGUUGGGCAAUCUACAAAUCCAACAGUUAUUCAAUCACAUUUGAAAAAAUUGUUUCAAGGAAUCAACAGAGUAGCAUUUGAUACACAAUUACAAAACAUUCGUGCAAUGAUUUCUGCUGAAGGAGAGACAGUUCAACUUAUUAAACCGGUUCAAAUAGUGCCAAAAGUUGAAAUAUGGUUGGAGGCUUUGAGUGAGGAAAUGAGGAAUACUUUACAAAAAUUGGUUGUUGACUGUCUUCAUGAACGUUCAUUAGACCCAAGUCGAUAUCCUUCACAAGUCUUAUGUCUCUCCGAACAAAUCAGGUUUUGUAGCGAUGUCGAAAAAUGUCUUUCUAAUGUUGGGGGAAAUCCUACCGAAAAUUUAACGGCAUAUAGACGUCAAUUAAUUAAACAACUUGAACAACUGAGUGGGUCUUCUACAGAUGACCCUUUAGGACAGUUAAAACUGAAAGCUCUCGUACUGGAUUUGAUUCAUCAUAUUUCAAUAUUAGAUCAACUUGUGGUUGCAGAAAAUAAUCAAUCAGUUAUUUGCUGGACGUGGAGAAGACAAUUAAGAUUUUAUUUGGUUUCUGGUCUUGUUAUUGUACGGCACGCUGACCAUGAAUUUAACUAUUCUUACGAAUAUCAAGGAAAUGCUCAAAAAUUGGUCAACACACCACUAACUGAUAAAUGCUACUUGACUUUAACACAUGCACUUGCUAUGGGGUUGGGAGGAAAUCCUUAUGGCCCUGCUGGGACAGGAAAAACUGAAUCUGUCUUGGUUUUCAACUGCGAUGAGGGCAUUGACGUUAAUGCUAUCAGUCGCAUAUUUGUUGGGCUCGUUCAAUGCGGUGCCUGGGGAUGCUUUGAUGAAUUCAAUCGUCUUACAAAAGGAGUUCUUUCUGCUGUUUCUAGCCAAGUUCAAAUUAUUCAAGAGGCGGUCCGUGUCCGCGCAAGCAAUUGCCAAAUAGGAGAUCAUUCUUCUGUUCCAGUCAAUGGAAAUUCGGCAAUUUUUGUUACCCUCAAUCCAGCAGGAAAGGGUUAUGGUGGCCGGCAAAGGUUACCAGAUAAUCUAAAACAACUCUUCCGUCCAGUGGCUAUGUCUGUGCCAGAUAACGAAUUAAUUGCCGAAACUCUGCUUUUUUCGGAGGGUUAUACACAAGCAAAAUCUCUAGCCAAAAAAUUGGUUACAACAUUUUCACUUGCCUCUGCAAUGCUGAGUACUCAACAACAUUAUGAUUGGGGACUUAGAGCUCUUAAAACAGUAUUAAAAGGAUGUGCAGAUUCAAUAGCUAAAAGAAGACAAGAUAUUAAAAGUCAACAGAAACAACAAAAAUUAACAGUUGAAGAGGAAAGGGAACUUAUUGUUCAAAAUUUACAUUUAAAUACAAUGUCUAAACUAACUUUUGAAGAUGCGCAACGUUUUAGGAUUUUAUUAGAAGAUAUUUUUCCGGGUGUGCCAAAUCGAACGAUGCAAUUUGAUGAACUUCGUCCACAUUUGGAACGUGCUGCUCAAAAUAUGCAAAUAACUCUAAGUAUAGUCCAAAUGCACAAAAUUUUUGAACUUUAUGAACAAUUACGUCAAAGAGUCGGUGUAAUAAUUGUUGGGCCACCAGGAACUGGGAAAUCUACACUUUGGCAUUUACUACAGGGAGCUUUGUCUAAUAGUGGUUUUCAAAUGAUUGAUGUCUACAAAAUGAAUCCAAAAUCAAUGCCACGUUCACGACUUCUUGGAAAUUUGGAACCUGACACUCGUGAAUGGACGGAUGGAACACUAAGUCAAGCCUCUCGCGUUGCAACUCGAGAUCCAGGGAAACCUGCUUGGAUUGUUUGUGAUGGAGAUGUUGAUCCAGAAUGGAUUGAAGCUUUAAAUUCUGUUUUGGACGAUAACCGAUUAUUGACUUUACCUUCUGGAGAACGAAUACAAUUCGGUCCAAAUGUCAAUUUUAUUUUUGAAUGUGUUGAUCUGAGUCAUGCUUCUCCAGCAACUAUCUCCCGUGUAGGGAUGAUCUUAUUGAGUAGAGAAGAUUUGCCCUUGAAAUCUGUUAUUGACAGAUUUAUUGUACAAUAUGGGCAUUCUUUACCAGCCCAAUUGCCUGAUUGGAUUAACAAGCAUUUAGUGCCAGCCGUUGAAUGGACCUUUGAACAUCUUAAUAGGGACUUUAUUUGUAGCCAAGUUGGUAUCGUAAAAAAUGUACUAUCACAAAUCAGAUAUAUCCAAACAUUAAAUCAAUUUUUGGUUUAUGUUCUGAGAACUUUACUUCCUUAUAUUGAAUUCGAUUCUAGAAACGAAUUUGCUGAACGUGUAGUAUUUAAUGGAAUAUCUUUGCCUGAUCCAAGAGCGCCUUUGAAUAUUUUUGCAGAUUCUCGUAGUGAUAUUUUGAUGGCUUAUAGUGAAGAUGAUGGAAAUAUUCUAACAACAUUUGAUAAUUUAAAUAUUUUAAUAAGUCCAAGAAUGCAAACAGCUAGAGAAACUCUUCUUAAAUGGCUCCAAAUUAAUAAAACCCAACAAAAUAAAAUAAACGAAUCAGAAAUAACUUCUUUUUAUCCAAAAUUUGAAAAUAUUCUUUUAUUAGGGCCAGAUGGUUCUGGUAAAGAAUAUUUGUUAAAAAGUUGUUUUGAAGAAACUGGGAUAUUACAAAGAACUUGUCUUUUAACAAUGCAUUGUGGAGCACAAAGUAAUGCUUUACAUAUUGAACAAUUGGUCAGUUUGAAUUUUUUGGUGAAGGAAAAGAUAUUUGAAUUACUAUUUGGAAAUUAG